GAUUUGUAGAUGAAGCGAAGAGGCGACUGAAAGUUGCUGGAUAUGAGCAAAUUUUUGAAAAAGGGGAUUGGAAUUUACAGCCUGGAAAGAAGUAUUUAUUCACAAGAAAUUACUCCACUAUUGUCGCUACGCCAUUUCUUCGCAAAUUGAUUUGCUGAACACAUGGCUCUACGAACCCUCGCGAUUGCUAAAACCCUAGGUGCGAUAUCCAAGUUUCAACAACAUGUGCGUGGAUUGCAGACGUUCACACUUCCCGAUCUUUCCUACGAUUAUGGCGCACUGGAGCUGGCGAUUAGCGGAGAGAUCAUGCAACUGCAUCACCAGAAACAGCACCAGACUUGCAUAAGAAACUACAAUAAAGCUAUCAAGCAGCUCGAUGAUGCUAUCACCAAGGGAGAUGCUUCAACUGCUGUCAAAUUGCAUAUUGCUAUUAAGUUUAAUGUCGGAGGUCAUGUAAAUCACUCAAUUUUCUGGAAGAAUCUCGCUCCCACCAAUGAAGGAGGUGGCGUGCCACCACAUGGUUCUUUGGGCUUGGCUAUCAACCAGAGCUUUAGUUCUGUGGAAAAAUUGAUUGCUAAAAUGAACGCAGAAGGCGCUGCUGUGCAAGGUCCAAGUUUGGUUCCUCUGCUUGGCAUAGAUGUUUGGGAGCAUGUAUACUACUUACAGUAUAAAAAUGUCAGGCCCGAUUACUUAAAGAACAUCUGGAAGGUGAUCAACUGGAAAUAUGCAAGUGAGGUGGAGGGGCAAAUCAUCUACUUAGAACCUCAUGAGACUACAAUGGUUAUUGACUUUUGUAUUCAUCUACUUCAACUUUACUCUUCUCAUAACAUUAGCAAGGACCUAGAUGCAUUCACUGCAGCUAUUGUUGUGAGUAUUGCCUUCUCUUUCAUUCCUGCUUCGUUAGUUGUUGCUAUUAUGAAGGCAGGCCACUCUCCAAUUGUAUUUUCACAUAAUUGA